AUGAGAUCUUUGGGAUAUCCUAAAGUUAUAUCUAUGGAAAAUUUCCGGACGCCUAAUUUUCCACUUGUUACACAAAUCUUAAGAUGGCUGGUCGAAAGAUAUGAUUCCUAUGCUGACCUACCAUCUUCCCUUGAUACGGAACAAGAUCGGGUAUUAUUUAUAAAAGUAGUAACUCAUAUCGUGUCUUCCAAAGCAUGUAUUAGACUAAACAGCAAGAAAUUGUACCAAGCAGAUGGAUUCGCUGUUAGGGAGCUUAUGAAAAUAACCAAGGUAUUAUAUGAAGCGCUUCAAAACAGCAUUAAUGAUCUCGCAGACGACCAAAGCGUUUUAAACAUUUCGGAGACUUUUGACGUCGCCAAAAUUAAACAGCUUCAGGAAGCCAGAAGUCUAUGCAGCCAGCUUGCGUCUUGUGGGGCUUCGCUUCAUUCAUUACUUAACAAAGAAAAAGAUCUCAAGGAGCUACGUGAUGCAUCUUUACGACGUCAGUUAGAUAGUGAAUACGUUGAAAAAUCAUUAACAGCAGCGAAAAAUUCUAUAAAAAGUCAAACUGAAAAAACCCAGUCUUCACUUAUCAAUAUUGCUGCUGAUGAAGCUAACUUAGAUUUAAAGAUUGAAAAGAAACGCGGUGAACUGGAGCGCAAUCGUAAGCGUUUAGCGACUCUACAGUCUGUACGACCUGCAUAUAUGGAAGAAUAUGAACAGCUAGAAGAGGAAUUGUCUUCACUUUAUGCAAUAUACUUGACGAGAUUUCGUAAUCUUGCAUUUUUGGAGAAUCAGUACGAAUACUUUUUAAACAAUGUUGGUCAAAUCAAUGAAGACAAUGAGAUCACGCUUAAAAAUAUUGCUGAUCAAAUGAAAAUGUCUUCGCUUAGAGAUGGAGGAAACCAGAAGACUAUCUUAAGUUCUGGAGGUGAUAGAACACUUAAAAUUGAUACGCUAAAUCUAAAACCUGCUUCUGGUGCAAAUAAUUUUGAUUAUGACUUAGCUGAUGAUGACGAUGACGAUGACGACGAUGUGGGAGAUGACGAUGAUGAUGAUGAUGAUGUGGAAGAGGAAGAUGAAGAAGAAAAUGACUUCACUAAUGGCCAAGAUGAUGGGGAUGAAAAUGAUGACGACCUAGUUGUAAAUGGUGAUCCAUUUCGAAAUAAAGGUGAAAUAGGUAUUCCAAAACCAGGGACAGUAAGAAAUCAGCUUGCACCUGGCUGGUCACCUAGUAGUGGUCAGCGUGUUUCAGGAGCCAACUAUCACGGAAGAACUCAGGGUUCCUACAACAAUGAAGAUACAAAUGGGUGUCGUCCAAACAGAGCUGGUUAUCAUUCAACAAAAAGAUCUCAAAAAGAGAAUAGUCCAGUUACAAAUUUGGGAGAUGAAGAAAAUCAACACUUUAUCAACAGUAAUGAAUGUGGUUAUGAGCGUAAUAGUAUGAUGAAAGACCGUACAGGUGAUCAAACAGCUACAGGCAAGCAAACUUAUUUGAAGAACACUAUUCAGCCAGAAGAGAAUGAGGACGACGAUUUCUAA